AUGAACGAUGAGAUCAGAUUCAAGUUCUUGGAUAUGCACAACUAUCGCAGAGCGCUGCUCGCUAAAGGAAAUGUUGCCAAGAGGAACGGCAACUUCCUGCCUCAGUCAUGCGACAUGCAAAGAAUGAGAUAUGAUUGCUCUUUGGAAAGGAAGGUCAUUAAUUAUGCAAGUGCAUGUCCGACAUCCAAGUCAGCUGAAUCUUCACGUCCUGAUGUGGGAGAAAAUUUCGUUCGCAUUCCUAAAGAAGGUUUGGCGACAUUCUUGGCUGCCACUCAAAAGGCUGUGACGUCAUGGUGGAAAGUCAUACGCACUGAAGAAGGUCCUGGUUUGCAAGUCUAUUUUAGACAGAAACACGUGGGCACACCAAUUGAAUCCUUCACACAGGUAGGUUUAUUACUCUUUAAUUUUUCACCGAUGGACUCCAAGGGCAAAUAA